AUGCUAAAGGCUCGACAAGAAGAUGACGUACGUAGACGUCAAAAGUUAAAACGAAAAUGGCAAGGCCCAGACGAAAGCCCCUUAAUUGCUCUGAAAAAAGUCAAGCCUGUUACGAAAAAACAAUCAGCAAGAGCAGGCAGAGAAUGGAUGCUAAGGCUUAUAAAAGCUAAACGCAAUGAAGCAAAUAAUAAAACAUUUAAACCUUCAUUGUGGUAA